CAGGGAAAAAGAUAACAACGUAAUGCGACAAAAAAUCUUUUCCACGAUGUCUACAUCAACCAAAACCAAAACGAAUACAUUUCCAUGGGUACUCCAUGAAAUGMUCGAGACGGCACACGAAAAAGGUUUCGAUGGAAUCGUUUCUUGGCUGAAGGAUGGAAAAAGUUUCAAAGUGCACGACCCUGCCUCAUUUGUUGAAAAAAUAAUGCGAAAGUUCUUCCAGCAAUCCAAGUACAAGAGCUUCCAACGGCAAUGUAAGACCUCCUCUAGGAUAGUUCUAUUGCUAUUUGUUUCUGCUGCCCUAACAAACCGGUGUUUGUACUGCAUAUUUCUGCCUGGCUUUCGUUUCAUUCUCAGUGAACCUAUGGGGCUUUCAACGGAUAGCAUAUGGUCCAAACAAAGGGGGAUAUUAUCAYCCAGAGGGCUUCUUUAUUCGGGAAAAACGCUGCAAGAUCCACAUGAUGCAACGACAGAGGAUCAAAGGCUGUGUGUUGAAAGACAAAUCCAACAAGAACGCCAAAAUAGAUGAUGAUSAUGUAGAGAAAGGAAACAUCACUGAAAUCGAUAACACAGUUAUAGAGGCAUCAGGUGCUGCCUCUAUCAUAAGUCAAGGGAGUCUCGUUGACAUUAAUAAUGAUGCAUUAAAUKUUGGCAGAGACUCUGCUGAGCCUUUUUUACCACCUUUAAAAUCACUUCAAAGUUCGAUCUCUGAUGAAGAGUCGUCGAGUCUACUACAACUCGAACUGAAAGACGAAUUCAGUAUCGACCCUGAAGUAGGUGAUUGCAUCGRCUUCGCAGGACGAUCGUUCUUUUUCACAGAGGAGGAAGCAGUUGAAAACACACCAUGUACGGUAUCAAGCAGCAUGACUCUUGCAAGAAGGCUUCACCCGCAACAACGGGUUGCUCUACCACCUGUUUCAGUUCUGCUCCCAAAUACGUAUCUAUGUACUGCAAACAUGAUGUCACAGAUUUCUCGACGUCGUGUUUCUAUAGGGAUAUUUGGCGCCGCUUGCAAGCCAACGACUGGUUGCUGAACAAAUCAAUCUAUGACAUUCACACGCUGGAGAUACGAAGGCCGCCAUAACAUGAUUUUUUACUUUGGUCCAAGUACACUGAAUGAUUGAGCACUUCAAUUAUCUAAGACCUCAUUUUUUAGUACCAUCUUUCGGGGUGAAAACACUACUUGUACAAAGACAACCCAAAUUACGCGUCCAUGACUAGGUUGUGCUGCAGCGUUUAUUAAUGUACGAAACAAAUGAAUUAGUUCCAUGCUAUGCAACUUGGCUACUUUACUUCUACGAGACAAGUAAGAUAGUGAAUCACUUCUGCUUUCUUUGAUAUCAUCUUCUGGCCAACCGAGAAAGAUUAUUUCUUAAUUGUCUACUUUAACGAAUGGUAGAAGAAACAUKGCUUGAUUUCUUUUUGAUCCGCAGAGUUUCCAUCCCAUAUUAUUCUGAACAAAGUUAUAAAAAAUAA